UACAAUUCUAGCAUGGUACCACUCAGCGGUUUCGCUGAGCGUGUAGUUUGUAUUUUUCGUUGACUACACGUAGGUAACAAGAAGAUAAUGAUGGAACCUUUCCCGGAGGGCAUUGAGUCAGAGGAGAUGCAAGGAUGGCAGACAAUGUUUGGUCAACAGAUUUUAAAAAUGUGUCAUGAUUUGAUUAUUAUUGUACUUCCGCAUUACUCUGAAAAUAUUUUUAAAUGGGUCGCGAUCCAGAGUCUGUUCCUCCCCAGCCUCAGUCGACUCCAUUGCAUCCAUUUGCAGCCUCAUCAAGCGCUGGAAUGGGAUGCACCAGUGAUGCGGCCAUGGCAGGUCUUACCGUCGGGUUGCCAUCUCUCUCUCUGGUUCCCAGCCAAUCUGGCGUCGCGCAGGUCACCCACGAGCUUCCCCAUGUUCACACGAGUUCAUUGAGCCUCUCCCCAUCAAUUUUGGUGACCAGUGGCCAAGGCUCUAUCCAUGGUGAUCACACGGCAGCAAUAAUGGCUUCACAGCUGCCCAUGCCUUUUUCCCCUCUUGUGCAACUCUCUCCAGGGGCUCCUUUGGUUCCUAUGUCUACUUUGAUGUCCCUGCAGCAUGCUUUGAAUGUAGGCAAUUCAGCUUUUGCCUCUACGGCACCUGCUCCAAGCACACCAGGUGUUUGUGGAAAUGUCUCAAAGGGACCCCCCAAUUCUGUGACAGAUUUUCUUAAGGUGAAGGUCCCUCUCAGUGCUCUUACUUUUUUUAAUUGGCAAGAGAUACAUGGUGUUGAGCUUAAAGGACUCGUGGAUGCUGAACAUGUUAUCAUGCAUGUGCCCAUAGCUUCGUUUUCUCAAUACAAGCAACUUAAUAUUCUUGGGGCUGUUCCACUUGCUUUGUUGGGACCGGAUGGGGCUGCUUAUGGUCUUCUAGGCCCUAGCCCUCCCCAUGUUCCUACGGCAGUCCCUUCCACAAGAGAAUUGGGCUCACUUCCCAUGCACACAGCUCAUGCACGGCAAGGGGGAGAGAGAGGAGUCUCUUUUGCUCCUACACCAGCUGAAGCCACGGGAAAACAAGGCUCCAUGCAAAGCCAAGGUGCAUUGAGGGAUGCUGCACCUAAGGUGAUGACGAGCAUGGCAGGAUCGGCCAAGCCAUCCUUUGUGCAGACUGUGGCAGGUCCUUCAACAUCAGGCGCAUCAAAAUCUUUUGCUCAAGCAGUGGCUGGUCCUUCGUCUACAGAUUUUAAUGUUAAAACUGAAUCCACCGUUGCACCGGUGUGGGUGACUUUUCCUAAUUUGAGGGCUGAUUUAUUUAAUGAAAGUUCCAUUCAUCAGCUUUGCAAACCCAUUGGGAGGUGCUUGAAAGUGGACGUUGCUACGUCCAAUUUCUCACGUCCCAAUGUGGCCAAGGCUAGGGUGGAGAUAGAUUUGUUGAAGCCUAGGAUUGAACAAAUUUGGAUAGGUUUCUCUGAUGCACCUGGUGAGGAGGAUGUGGGCAUGUUCCAGCCUGUGGAAUAUGAGCGCAUUCCAAAGUAUUGCACGGCUUGUUUUAAACAGGGUCAUGAUAAUUCUACGUGCAAUACUUUGACUCCUAGUCAGUCCGAUCAGAGGACAGUUGUUGUGGUUCCCCAACCUUCCAUGGCUGCACCCGCGACUACCCGACCUUCUCGACGGAGGCGAAGUAGGAGUCGGGUCAGACGUCCAAGGGAGGGGAAAGGUAUUGCGAUUGAUGAUGCAGGUACAAGUGCGGGUAGCUCCCAGCGGGAGGAGUCACAAUAUAUUUGGAGAGAAAAGACUGCGAAAGGAUCUCGUCCUAUUGAGGUCGUGGAUGUCGAUGGUUCAGGUAAGGGGGAGGGACCCUCAUCCAGCUUGCAGCCCUUUGUGCCCACUUCCUCGCAUCCCUCCCCGAAUGUUGUUAUCCCUGAUGCUAGUGUAGCUCCUUCUACUGUUAACGCCACUGCUCCCACAAUUGUUGUGGUUGAACAGUCGGCGUCUCAGACUGUAGAGCCAUCCGUUCCUCCUAUUGGAGUUGAGCAAGGCUCCGUUGUUGCUUCUCUUCCUCUCUUUACUUCUUCCUCUUCUCCCAUUGUUCAUGUUCCCGAUCCUCAACCCCCAGAGCUUGCCCUUACUAUGUCUAACACUUUCGAUGCUUUGGGGGAGAUGCCUGUGGACAGUCAUGAGGUCUGUGGCUUUAAUACUGCUGCAUCUUCCAUUCCUUCCAAUACGGUAAGGAGGGAGGAUGACGAGUGUACCUCGCAGACUAGUGACGGGUCCACGGGCGAUCAUUUUGAGGAUCCUACUGACCUUGCCCGGGAUCUUGCAGCGCGUGGCCUUUCCCCUGCGAGGGAGGCUCCGACUACUAGGGUUGUUUAUGCUAAGUGUAAGUACAGGGAUAGGGAGCCAUUGUGGGAAUAUCUUAGAGAGACACACGCCGCUCUCCCGGCUGGCAUGGCAUGGGGGGUGGUGGGUGAUUUCAACUGUCUGCUCGAUCCCUCAGAGAAGAAGGGUGGCCGUCCGUAUGCUCCAGUCAAAUAUCGGCCAUUUGUUGAAUGCGUGGAGGAUUGUGAACUGGUUGAUUCUCCUUUCACUGGGGAGGAUUAUACUUGGUUCAACAAUCGAGUGGGUGGGGUGGAGAUUCGGAGCCGGAUUGACCGAUUGCUGUUUAACCAGCCAUGGAUGGAUAUGUUCUCUUGUUUGGUACAUCACUUGGAUAGAGUUGGAUCUGAUCAUGCUCCACUGUUGGUGGAGUGUAAGUCUCAUGAGCGUCCUCCUGCCCGGCCUUUCACGUUCCUUAAUGUCUGGACAGAGCACGAGGAUUUUCAGAGACUGGUGGCGGACUCUUGGCGGGAGGAGAUUGCUGGGGGUCCCAUGUUCAUAUUUGGUGCUAAGCUCAAGCGUCUAGCACUUAGCUUGAAGAGGUGGAACCGUGAUACCUUCGGUCACAUCUUUGACAGGCUUAAGACGCUUGAGCAGGAUAAAGCCCAUGCAAAAUGGGUGACGGACAGAGAGAGGAACUUGGGGUACUUUCACUCUGUGGUGAAGGAUCGCCGGCGGAAGCUUUACAUUCACCGCAUACAGGAUGAUCGUGGGCAGUGGGUCACGGAGAGAGCUGGGAUUGCAUUGCAGGCGAUCACCUUUUUUCAGGCCAUGUUCACUGCAGAUCCUAGUGUCACAUCUUCGGUCUUAGAUAUGAUUCCACGGCUGGUCACUGAUGAUGAUAAUGACCGGCUAUGUGCUGUUCCGGAGAUGGAGGAGGUCAAGACUGCGGUCUUUGCUAUGGAUUCUCGGAGUGCAGCGGGCCCCGAUGGCUUUACUGGGGUGUUCUAUAAGGCCGCUUGGACGAUCAUUUGCAUGGACUUAUUGGCGAUGGAGAUGUGUCACGGGAUGCGGGUGGACAAUGAAGAUGUCAUUCUGAAGCUGGAUAUGAUGAAGGCCUAUGAUCGGGUCUCUUGGUACUUCUUGAUGACAGUACUGCGCCAAUUUGGAUUUUCGGAGACUUGGAUCGAUUUGGUUUAUCGGGCCAUCUCGAAUAUUUGGUACUCCGUCAUUAUUAAUGGGAUUCGAGAGGGCUUCUUUCAUUCGACGAGGGGCUUGCAGCAGGGGGACCCACUCUCACCGUCCUUGUUCAUUCUAUCAGCGGAGGUCCUCUCUCUCUCUUUGGCUCAGCUGUAUACAGAUCCUACAGUUGCUCGAUUCACACAGCCCCGUGAUGCACCGCAUAUUCAUCAUCUUGCCUACGCCGAGGACAUUGUCAUCUUCACUUCGGCGAGGGGGACACUUUGGAGAGAGUUCGAGCAGUUUUACAUUCCUAUGAGCAGAUUUCAGGACACUAUCUGGGCGGCAUUCAUGAGGGCUAAGUACUGUAGCCGCGUCCAUCCUGUGUCCAAGCAGCGUGUUGAUGAUGAUUCUCACACAUGGAAGCGCAUGUUGGAUGUUCGGGCGGUGGUUGAUCCUAUGAUUCGAUGGCGUGUACUUUCUGGCACGUCUAAUUUUUGGUGGGAUACAUGGUCUAGUCUGGGUGCCUUGCAUCGCCAAGUGGACGGCUGUAGUGGAUACUGGACUGAUGGAGUGGGCGAUAUGUAUCGCUCUGAUUUUAUGAUUGACCAUAAUGCGCUGCCCCCUGAUCUCCUACGGCAGUUGCGUCUUGAGCCGCCAUCUCUUGUUUCUGAUCAUGCGGAUAUUCCGGUCUGGACCCCGUUUACGGACGGGAAGUUCACUCUUGCUUCUGCUAAGGAGCUUCUUAGACCGAGGUGGGACGAUGAGGUGGAGGACACUGUGCUUAAGAGGAGGGUGGUGCCUAUCCGGUGGGUCCCACCCCCGGGUGGCACCAUCAAGGUGAACGUGGCGAGGGCUCCCCUCCGUGGUGCUUAUGCGGCGAUUGUGCGGGAUUCGGCAGGUAAGUUUCUUUAUGCUCUCUCUUCCAUUGCAUUUAGGUGGGACCCAGUGGAACGUGGAGGGAUGGAUCUGAUUAUUCGUUGCAUUCAGUGGUGCAUAUCUCAGUCCCUCUUGCGUAUCCACAUGGAGUCACAUCACUCUGAGUUAGCCUGUUUCUUUAGAGAGGGUACCCCGUGGUACCUUCAUGAUGUUCAUGCUAGGCUGCGUUUCCUCUGUUCUAUCGCGACGGUUCAAUGGUUUGAAUGUGAUCUUCGGGCGAAUGGCCCGACGACUGAGUUGGCAUUGUGGGCCGUGGAUAGCACAGAGGGGACGCGGGAGUUUACUAAUCUGCAGGAUCUUGAUAUUCGGGUUGGGCUUGUUUUGGACCUGGCGGCUUUGCUGGGCUUGGGCUACAUGUUACACACAUCUUGGAUUUUGGUUUUUGGACUACUUUUGAGAUUGCCCCGUCUCUAUUCUGGGAGCUGGGCUUUGGUACGGGCUGUCGUGGGCUCCAGGCGGCAGAUGGGCUUGACGGUUGCUGGGCUGGAGCUGGUGACGGCUUGGGCAGCGAAUUGGGCUGCGUGGAUUGGGCUUAUCUGCAUCGCUUGGGCUGGCUUCUGAGAUUGGGCUUUCUUUUGAUGGGGCCGAACUGGAUUGGGCUGCUUCUUGGAGCUCUUCCUUGGCUCACUUGGAUUAUUAUUGCACUUAUUUUAUUUUUUGCUCUAUUUUAGUUGGGCUUUUCUGGAUUUAGACUGGACUUAAGUCGAUUACAUUUCUUGGUUCAUAACACUUCUCUUGAUUUGGAUUAUCUGACCCUAGGCCUUACCCUCGCGGGGGUUGGGGCUCCGGGAAUGAUUUUAUUCCUAGAUCUAAUAGAGAAAUGUUGUGGGCCGGUUUUGUAGUUGUACUUAAGUCUAUUUUUCCUAUAUCCGAAAAGCUCUUCACUUUAUAGUUCUUUGGUUGUUGCUUACUUUUUAUACAAGUGUGGAGCCUGUUCUCGCUUGUUCAGACGCUUGUAUUCUUUGAUUAUUUAAUAAAAUGCUUUUAAAUUU